GGAAAUUGGUUUGUGGCGUGAUAGCGUAGGGUGCUGGUGGGGAAGAAGUGCCGAUUCGGGACCUUCUGGCCGUGUUUGGCCUCUUCAUUGUCCUGGAAAAGGUCGGAAGUGGGACUGAAAUGAGAGGUAGAUGAAGCAACGUAAUAAGACACUCAGUUUUGCCUGAUUUCUGUAUGUUGUCCUCUCCUGUACGCCUCAUUCCCAGAACAAUCCGGCUUGUUCAUUCCCCGAUCUGCAAUUUUUCCCGUUCCUUCAUGGAUUUGAAGGUGCUCCUUUCCUCCUUGAAUGACUUUGCAUCCCUCUCACUUGCUGAGAGUUGGGACAAUGUUGGAUUACUGGUGGAACCAAGCCCACCACACACUGUACACACACUCUUCCUUACCAAUGACUUGACGGAGGAAGUAAUGGAGGAGGCGCUGCAAAAGAAGGCGGAUCUCAUUCUCUCCUACCAUCCACCUAUUUUCCGACCCUUAAAGCACAUAACCUGGAAAACCUGGAAGGAGCGCCUGGUGAUCCAGGCUCUGGAAAACAGAGUCGGUAUUUACUCUCCUCACACAGCCUAUGAUGCUGCACCCCAGGGAGUCAACAGCUGGUUGGCUAAAGGGCUUGGAGUUUGCACCUCCAGGCCCAUACAUCCUUCCAAAGCUCCCAACUACCCCACAGCAGGGACGCAUAGAGUAGAAUUCAGUGUUAACUGCACCGAAGACCUGGACAAAGUCAUUUCUGCAGUGAAAGAAAUGGCAGAUGUUUCUGUCACUUCUUUUUCUACUAGGACUGACGAUGAAGAACAAACACGGAUUAGUCUGAAUUGUAGUCAGGAGGCUUUGAUACAGGUGGUGGCUUUUCUUUCCCAGAGCAGACAGUUCUAUCAGAAGACCGAAAUUCUGUCACUGGAGAAGCCUCUGCUUCUACAUACUGGAAUGGGACGGUUAUGCACACUGGAUGAAUCUGUUUCCUUGGCAACCAUGAUUGAGCGAAUCAAAAGGCACCUUAAACUAUCUCAUGUUCGCCUUGCUCUUGGGGUAGGAAGGACCUUAGAGUCUCCAGUCAAAGUUGUGGCCCUCUGCGCUGGUUCUGGGAGCACGGUGCUGCAGGGGGUGCAGGCCGACCUUCACCUCACAGGUGAGAUGUCCCAUCAUGAUGUUCUGGAUGCUGUGUCCCAAGGAAUAAACGUCAUCCUCUGUGAACAUAGCAACACUGAACGAGGCUUUCUUUCUGAUCUUCGAGAUAUGCUGGGUGCUCACUUGGAGAAUAAGAUUAAUAUUAUCCUGUCAGAGACAGACAGGGACCCUCUUCAUGUGGUAUAAAGCAUAUAUAGCAUAAAUAACAGGAUGACAGUCUGCAAAUUGAUUGCCUCCCAACUUGAAUGUAUAACGUGAAUCAGUGGAGUUAGAAUCCUCCUGGAAGAAUGUCUUAGAAUGUACAUUAUUUCUGGUUUGUAAAUCUGCUUCACCAAAUGUUCUGUAGCUCAUAUGGUAAAAACCAUAACAUAACUACCAUUCAAGAACAAGUAUUCAUUAUAAGAUGAAUUAAGAUGAUUAUACAAUGUAAAGCAUAUAUUCAUUAUAAACUACAGGCGAGAUCCACUGAAAUCUGUUUACUUAACAUUCUGGGUAAGUUGCUCAAGCAGUCUUCUCCUUAGCUUACUUAUAGAUGGGAUGUGUCGUUCUAGAUCUCUCUGCCCUUGGUUAGUUUAAAAAUAUACUUUAAAAAACUUGAGAUUGGAACACUUAUUUCUAGGUAUCACCCCUCUAGGGGGUGAUAAUGUCUAUCUCUAUGUUCCCAUUCUCAGAUCACUAAUCUUUCACCUAAAUUUCAGAAUCAGGAUGAGGUUUUAUGUUUUUUUUUUUAAUAUAGAUGAUCAUUAUUCAUGACUAUUGUUUUAUUGCUUUUUAGGUAACUCACCUGGAAUUUUAUUAGUAAUAUUUUUAUUGUUAUGUUAAUCACCAUACAUUACAUCAUUAGUUUUUGAUGUAGUGUUCCAUGAUUCAUUGUUUGCGUGUAACACCCAUGGAAUUUUCUUAGUAAUAUAAAAAUGGUUAGCUUUUAGAAUAAUCCCAGUUAUCAUACAAUAUUAACUUUGUGCUAGGCAUUCUCAGGUAUGUUAUAAACACUUUCAAUCUUGAGAAACAAGAAUAUAGGUAUUAUGAUUUCCAUUUUACAGAUGAGUAAACUGAAACAGGUUAAGUAGUUUGCCCAAGGCCACAUGGCUAGGAAAUGAUGGGAGUUUGGACACAAACUCAGGUAGUCUGGCUCCAGAAGUCUGUGUUCUUUUUUUUUUUUUUUUUUAAAGAUUUUAUUUAUUUGUUUGAGAGAGCGAGCAUGAGAGGGGGGAGGGUCAGAGGGAGAA